AUGGAAACUGGGGUCGAUGUAAAUAAUGUUGAUAAUGCAAUAAGUAAUGAAGAAGAAGAAGAAAAUGGUGGCAAUGCAAUAAGUAAUGAAGAUGAUGUAAAAUUAUCAGAUAGUCCAGCGAUAGAGGAGGGUAAAAAAAUAACAAAGGAAGUUCAAGAAUAUUUUGUAGGUGUUCCUGAAAGUUGGGAAUAUAUAGAAAAAAGUAAAGGAUGGUUUAUUAUAGAAACAAGUAAGAAUUAUAAAUUUUAUUUUAAUAAAAGGACUCAAGAAAAAACAUGGAAAUGUCCUAAAGAGGUAGAAGAAUUACUAAACAAACAAAAUCUAAAUGAUGAUAUAGAAAAUGAUAAUAAUUAUGAGCAGGCUAAAAAUAGUGAGUUUCAAAAUGAAAUAUCAAGAGACAAUGAAAGUAAAAAUAAAGCAGAUGAAGAAAUGGAAAAAAUAAUAAAUGGAUAUAAAUCUUUGUUAAUUGAAAAAGAAAUAAAUGAAUUUAGUAAAUAUGAAAAUGUUUUAGGUAACAUAUUAUAUGACAAUAGAUUUAUGAAAGUGCCAAAAGAUUUAAGAAAAGAUUAUUUUUAUAAAUUAAUAAAAGAAAUAAAGGAAGACAAACAGAAUGAGCUUAAAAUGUUAAUUGAAAACUUUCAAAGUUUGUUAAAAAAAUUUGAAAAUAAGUUAGAAAAUUUAUAUGACCAUAAAGAGGAUAUAAUAAAACUGUUGAAAGGGAAAACAGAAUAUGAAGGAAAUCAUACUAAGCAAUGGAAAAAUACAAGAAAUAAAUUAUUAGAUAAUUAUUUAGACAAAUUAUUGAAAGAAAAAGAAAUAAGGUUAGAACAAGAAUUUGAACAAGAUCUAUGGGACUUUUUACAAAGUGAAAGUGCAGGUGUAUGGUUUAAAAUUAAAAAUACAUUAAUGAAAAAUAAAAAAUAUGAAUUAAUUUCUUAUGAAAAAAAAAAUAAACUUUUUGAUAUAAUCAGUAAAAAAAUAUUAGAAAAUCGAAAACAUAAUAAAAACCAAACAUAUAGAAAACAUAAUAGUAACCAAUUUGAAAGACAUGAUAAAAAUCAAAAAAAUUUAUUCACAGUUUUUUUACAUGAACGAUUAAAAUAUCCUGAUGUUGAAAAAAGUUUGGAAUAUUUUUUAAAACAUAAAUAUUUAGAAGAUAAAAAAUUUGAUGAAAUUGGCUUAAUCUCAAAUGAUAUAUUAAAUAGUGAAAAUUAUAAACAAAUAUUUUUAUCAGAUAAAGAGAAAUAUAUAAUAUAUAAAGAUUUUAUAAAUAAUUAUAUAAAUUUAAAAAGAGAACGUUUUGAUAAAUUAAUUUCAGAACUAUCAAUAAACUUAAUAAAUAAAUCUUUAGAACAAGUUAUACAAAUUAUAGAUGAAAAUAAUAAAAUAUUUAAAGCUAUAAAACCAAAACAUUUAGAACAAACUUAUUUAAAUUGGAAAAAAAAAAAUAUACAUGAAGCAAAAAAAAUAUUUAAAAAUUUUAUUAUCAAAUCUAAUUAUAUUAAGCAUGACUCCGACCAGUCUGAUAAAUAUGCUAAGUUGGUUAUACAACUUUCAGAAGAUGUUAGCUACCGACGAUUGGAUUGCGUGCCCGAUGAAAGGGAACAAAUUAUAAAAGACAGAAUAAAGGAAAUGAAAAAAGAGCAUGAAAAAAAUAAGAACAUAGCUGAGAAAUUGAAUUUUUAA